CCAGCACUAGUUCUUUUCUUUUUUUCUUUUCUCUGUCCAUUGUUCUUGUCGCUUCACUAUGAUUUGAAUUAAAUUUAUUUAUUUUUUUUAUUUUUCAUUCCUUCUCUCUGCAUCGCUAAAUGGGCUUUGAUGCCUCUCAAUGGCUCCCCACCGAUGCAUGGUGAUGGAGGAGAUCCCCGUCGCUUGUCGAAUGCACCGUCUGAUUCGAUCCUGGCGAUGAUCUUCAUAUUGACCGCAAGCUGGGAUCAGAAGCUUGGAAUAUUUCCCUGGACAAAUCAGAGUCAGAAACCAGCCGAACAUAAUGUUACAUUCGAUUUUCUGCUCUGGUCCAACAGAAACAUAAAAAAUGAGCCAACGCGCGGCAGGACCAUCCGAUCUGUCCUUUUGGCCCAUCGAAUGAUGGUAUACAUAUGUGCUGUACGUACCUCGCGCACUUACAGACGGGCACUCCGAUUGAUGGUUUCAAAAGGACCAUCCCCAAGUUCUCCUCGGUCAGACUCGGCUCAGCUCAGGUCGAGUCAAGCCCCCCUCGCAGUCGCAGAUCUGAGCCGAUCACGGGCAUUUGCAGAGGAUCCACAGGCCCAGUAACCAGGUUCAGUAAUUGAGUGUGACUAGAGUGGCUCUAGUAUCUGGACCUGGGACUAGUACACCUGGUAGACCGGCUGGUGGAGGAGUUCAUCAGGCCCAAGAGAAAUAAGAAUAGUAGCACAG